CCUUGGUUCUUUUUGUGGCGCACGUUUCGUUUCUUAAUUUUAGAUGUUUGAGCCGUACAUGUAACCUGAGAAUUAUUGUUCGUUCCGCUUAACCGGAUACGUUUGGGACUCACUGCAAAAGUAUAAACUAUAUAAGCUACAAACAACUAAAUUUUGUCUAAAAAAAAAACGGAACAGACCUUAAAUGCACUCUGAAACUUCAGCGCUGAUACUCAUUAAAAAAUGUGCGACUCGACGUUUAUAAACGUUUUUUUAAGUCGUUUUGAAAUUAAACUUUCUCGUACAUUAAAGUGUUUCAUUUGAAGGUUUAGAUUGUUUCUAGAAAUUAAGGUUUUCCCGUUUAUAAAAAAUUUCGAUUCAAUAAUGGUGACGUAAUUUAUAAACAUGACAAAGUACAUUUUUUUUAAGCCUUACAAAAAUGAUAAAUUUUUAAUCUUAUUCUACUUUUAUAACUAUGGUAAGAAGAAAAUGUUGAAACCCUUUUUCGUUACUUUAAGGUCAAAACGAAGUUAUAAUCGCACGUGGCAUGAGUUUACUGACCUACUGUGAUCUUUCAGGUUUACAUCAAUAAAACGUUCAAUUAUGAUUUGAUUCAAUUUGUACACAAAAUGUAUAAAUAGUUUUUUUAGCCUUAAUUAAUACAGUUUUAGUGGUUUUCUUUUUAUACUUUAUCGACUUAAAAAAAAUUUUUUUUUUUGGAGUUGUAGAAAUUUUUUUUUUCAUUUCUUAAAAGGGAAAUAAAAUUGAAAAAUUGAUUCAAACUUUUAAACCAAUGUCAAACUCAGCUAGUAAUGCUCAAGGAAGUCUUUUAGAAAAAUGGUGGGACGAAGAUAGAUUGACGUUGUCGAAACAUGAGAAACGUUUAGAUAGUGGUUUUACCGGAAUAGGUAGUUCAAAAUCUCAGGCAGCGGAACGAAUUGCAUCACGAGUAACGGUUAUGCUUGAAGAUUCUAAUUCGGUUUCAAAAGUUGGCUUUCACGAAAAAUUCUUCGAGAAUAAUGGUGUUAAAAAUUGUUCCAGUCGUGUAACAAAACUAACGCACGAUUCACGCGCAACUGUGGAUCAAGUGUUAGAUAAACGCACAGUCCUUCUUUUAAUGAAACUUUUUCGAAGAGGUGUCUUUAAUUACAUUUAUGGAUGUGUUAGCGCUGGGAAAGAAGCUAAUGUGUAUUUAGGAUCAACUGGCGAACUAGGAAAAUAUAGUGAUGAAGAAAACACUCAUAUUUACACAGCGCUUAAGGUCUUUCGUACAUCAAUUUUAAGCUUCAAAGACCGCGCACGCUAUGUUCAGGGAGAAUUCCGUUUUCGAACUGGUUAUAUGGGGUCUCGAAAUCCUCGUAAAAUGGUGCAGCAAUGGGCGGAAAAAGAAUACCGUAAUUUGCGUCGAAUGAUUUGUAAAGGCAUCCGUUGCCCUAUUCCUAUAGAUUUACGGGGUCAUGUAAUUGCUAUGAGUUUUUUGGGUAGUAAUAAUGCUGCAGCAUCUCCUCAAUUAAAAGAGUUAACUCGGUUACGCCCUAAGCUUGAGAGUGCUUUUUGGAUUCGGUUGUAUGUUGAAGCUAUAGUAAUUCUUCGUCUGUUAUUUCACGAGUGCAAGCUCGUGCACGGAGAUUUUUCUGAAUUUAAUAUUUUAUAUCAUAAAGGUCAUUGUUACGUUAUCGAUGUUGGUCAAUCCGUUGAGCAUGAUCAUCCUAGUGCCUUAGAGUUUCUUAAACGUGACUGUAUUAAUGUAAAUAAUUUUUUCAAAAAAUUGAUAGUGAAUGAUGAAGAACAUUCACAUGAAAGUGAUAGUGAAAGCAAAAGUAGUGGAAAUUUUAAAGAAACGAAUGAAGACAAUGACGAAGAGGGCAGCAGUGUUACAGAUUCGGACCAAGACGAUGGUUUCAACAGUUUCAGUGAUACAAAAGUAGUUAAUGGAAACAAGAACCAUAUGUUCCAGUACGCUGAAGAAUCUUUACCAAUGGAAAAUCUUGGAAUACAAAAUCCUAUUUAUGAAACCUUAGAUGAUGUAAUAAAUUUAUGUUAUGGUGGCACUGUGCCUUAUAUAAAAGUUUUAAAUACUGAGACAUUGUUCAAUUAUAUAACACAAGAGACGUUGGACUCAAUAAGUUUAAAUGUUUUAGAUGACCGUAAAGACCUGGAACCUUUACUAGAAUCGAAUAGUACCUUCAGUAGUCAGAUGUGGCCUGAGUUUGAUAAACCGGAAACCGCUAAUAUUCGUUGUUUUCAACUCAUGUCAGACUCUGGAGACUCCUUGCUAUAUGGAAAAAAAAUGCCGAGCGGUCUAAGUACAUUGCUAGAAACAAUAAAAAAUCAACGUUUACAAUUUAAUAGUCUGUGCGUAAAGACGUUAUCAAUAUUAAUAGAACAGACAAAAAAAACUCAGGAAGCGCAACUCGAUAUAAUAAAAGAAAACGUUUUUAUAUCAAAUUGGAUACCUUCCGAUUUAAACCAGAUAUCAGGAUAUAAGCAAUUGGAAACUUUACUAGAUAGUCAUAACAAAGGAGAGGAAACAAUGUAUGACCUGUUUCUGGUACCAAAAGCUACAGACGUUGAACUAGACAGUGAAAGUGUUAGUGAAAUAGAAGCGAAUUUGGUAGACGAAGAAACAACGAAUGAGAAAAAAUUUUCUGGAAAAAUACCCGAAGGUAUGGAUCCAAAGGAAUGGAAACGAAAAGUAAAAGAGGAAGCUCGAGAACGGCGACAAAAGAAAAUUCCUAAAUACAUGAAGCGAAAAAAAAAUAAGAGUAGACAACAUAAGCAUAACUAGUCUUAUGUACAUUUUAACUAAGGGAUGAAUCAGAAGUAGAUGAAUCGCUUUAAAUAAAAAUUAGUGUUCGAAAGUUUCACGUGCUUGGCUUGGGGAACGCAAAUGUCUUCUGACUCAGUUUGCUCAACAUCUUGUUCCUGUAG